ACUCCUACAGACACCUCGCAGCAUCUCCUACGUCUCAAACCAGUACGAUAUCUUCUUUCUACUCCUGUUCGGUCUCAGACUCCGAACGUUAUGGAGUACCAGCCGAUUCAGGCUCUCCCUGAGCCCAUCCUCGGGCAGGCUCAGGCAGGCCCUUCCUCAGAGUCCCUCUACUGGCGCCGCUUCCGCAAUCCCACCUUCAUCAAGGAGUUUGCUCCCAUCUCCCACAUCGCUUUUGUCCCCUCUCCCAACGCCUUUACCACUGCAGCCCUCGAAUCUUCGAGUAGUAACGUCAAUGGGAAAAGCAAUAGCAUUACAGCCCCUGCAGAUGGGACGGCUCUCAAGCCUUCCUCUGCUGGGUUUGGGACGACCUCCCAGGCUAGAGCUAGAUUUGCUGUAACGACGGGACCGAGGGUGCAGAUCUACUCGGCACGGACGAACAAGGUGUUGAAGACGAUUACAAGAUUUUCAGAUGUGGCGAGAAGCGCGGAGAUGAGGGCGGAUGGGCGGUUGAUUGUUGCUGGUGAUGAUUCGGGCAAGGUUCAAAUCUUCGACAUCAAUUCGAGAGCGAUUCUGCGGAGCUUCUCCGCCCAUCGGCUACCUACCCAUGUCACUCACUUCUCCCCACAUCCAACAACAAUCCUUUCCGCCUCGGACGAUACCACAGUCAAGCUGCACGAUAUCCCAACUUCGACCACGACCCACACCUUUUCAAAUCACACAGACUAUGUCCGUACAGCCCUCGUGUCACCAGACAAUCCCUCUCUGGUCCUUUCAGGGUCGUACGAUCAGACGGUCAGGCUAUGGGACUCGAGAGUGACCGAGAAUGGGGGCGAGGUGAUGCGCAUGAAGCACGGCGCAGCCGUAGAGAGCACUCUCAUCUUCCCAACAGGAGGCGGAGGCGUUGCCGUCUCUGCUGGUGGGCCUCUGCUGCGAGUGUGGGACCUGAUGAUGGGUGGAAGGGGCCUGAAGGCCGUAUCAAAUCAUCAAAAGACAAUCACCUCCCUCGCGCUGAGUAUGUCCACGGGCGCGGAAGGCUCUUCCCUCCCCGACUCGGAGUCGGGAGGUAUGCGUCUCCUCUCGGCGGGCUUGGACGGGUUGGUCAAGGUGUACGAUCCGGCAAAGGACUACAAAGUUGUACAUACCAUGCGGUACCCCUCGCCGAUCCUCUCCAUGGCGAUCAGUCCCGAGGAGCGGGAAUUGGCAGUGGGCAUGGCCGAUGGCACACUCUGUGUCAGGAAGCGAGACGUGCGUAAAGCCGAAGAGGAGGCAAGGGCUGUGGAACGCAACGCCAUUACGGGUGGUGGAGGCGGGCUGGAGGCUUUCCUGCCAUAUGCAAGCGAAGCAAGAGAAGGAGCAGAGGCGCGCCGCUCCGCUCUGGCAAAGGGCGACGAUGUACGAGCAGAAACGGUUCGAGUGCGGAAGUUGAAGCCCUACGACAAGCUCAUGAAGGCCUUUCGCUACUCGGAGGCACUCGACGCUACACUUCGACCAGGCGUUCCAGCCUCGACGACCUUCUCCCUGCUGGUGGAACUCAAGCGUCGCAGCGCGCCAGAGGAUGUAGUGGAUGGUGGCAGUGAUGGAUUGAGGAGGGCGAUUGGUGGGAGGGAUGAUGUUGCCCUUGAGCCAUUGCUGAAGUUUCUGCUGAGACAUGCGGGCAACGCUGCCUGGACGGACAUUGUCUGCGACGUCUUGGAAGUCGUGCUAGACCUCUACUCUUCAACGCUCGGCUUGUCACCCUUGACAGACUCCCUCUUCUCGCGUCUAUGGGCAAAGGUCAACGAAGAGGUGCGGCUGCAAACGCAGGUGCAGGGGGUGCGUGGUGGGCUGGAGAUGCUCCUCAAUCGAAGCUUGAUUGGGAGGUAGUAAGGGGGAAAAGAGAAGAAAACAGAGAUAAGAUUGGGCCUUGUAUUGACGUAAUGCGAUACAUUGUUCCUGUCCUUGUCU